AUGUACAAAUAUCUGUUCUGCCUGGCUCUGAUCGGCUGCGCCUGCGCCGAUAAUAUUAACAAGGACGCCCAGAUCCGAAGCUUCCAGAACGAGGCCAGCGACGCGGAGGGAAAUUACCAGUACGCCUAUGAGACCAGCAAUGGCAUCCAGUUCCAGGAGGCAGGCAAUGCCAAUGGGGCGCGCGGUGCCCUUGCCUAUGUGUCGCCCGAAGGAGAACACAUCUCGCUGAGUUAUACCGCCGACGAGUCUGGCUUCCACCCGGUGGGAGAUCACCUUCCCACACCGCCUCCAGUGCCAGCCUACGUUCUGCGCGCCCUGGAAUACAUUCGCACCCAUCCUCCAUCGCCCGCACAGAAGGAUCAACAGUAA